AUGGAAAAUAUUUAAGUAGCUCUUCGUAUCAGACCUAUUAAUUAGCAAGAAGUAGAGAAUAAUGACUUUGAAGUAUGGAGUACAUUGGCUAAUGAUGAAGUCGGAAUUUCUGCAGAGAAGUAUACAGACUUAAUCCGCAUGCGUAAAAUAGCUCCAGGAUAAAAGACAUCAUAUCUAUUUAAUAAAUGUUUUGAUUAGAGGUCUUAAAACACUGAAAUUUAUGAAUAAAUUGUUAAAAGAAUAGCUCUUUCUUCUCUUAAAGGAAUUAAUGGAACUGUUUUUAUGUAUGGACAAACUGGGAGUGGCAAAACCUUUACUAUGUUGGGGUAAAAUAGAGAAGAUAUUUUAACUUACAAGAAUAGUAAUACUUAGCAAUAGUAAAUUUAGAAUGGAAGAAAUUCAUCAAAAUUAAUUGGAGAUCCCUUAAGCCCUAAAAAUAUGAUCACAAAAGACCCCUCUUCACGUCUAUCUCGGUAGUAGUCGUCUUCAAACAAUUUGGUUAAUUACUAAAAAGGUAAUAGUUAUCAGUAGUAAUAGCAUACCUAAUAAUAAUAUGGAUCUAAAAGCUCUCCUAAAUAAAGAGACUCUGCUUCUUUAAAUAAUAAUAAUAAAGAAAAUUAAGAUAUUUCUGGGUAUUUAAAUUAGUUUGGAGUUCAAAAUACUCUUCGCUACACUAAUUAAAUUAACGAAAAAGGAGGCUACUCAAAUUACACAGGAAUAGGUGCUUUUAGAAAUAGCGUUUUUACUUUCUCUCCUAUAAACUAGAGAGAAAAUAUUAAUAAUAAAAAAAACUCUAACUAAUAAUCUACUGCAGGUGCAUCUUAUCGUUCUUAAAAUGUAACUCCUGAUAAAUAUCUUACUAAUAACUCUUAAAAAUCUCAAGCUGUUAUUUUAAAUUCAUAGAAUACUCAUGAAGUAUUUCAAGACUCUCAAGGAUUUAACUAAAAAUCAAAUUUAGAUGGAACUAGCUUCUUUUCUUAGACUUUAAGCAGCAGCAAUCAAUACGGAAUUCUCAUACUCUCUCUCAUUGAUAUUUUCAAAGAAAUAUAAAAUUCUCCCAAUAAUUAAUUCUUGUUAAGAUGUUCUUACGUUGAAAUAUAUACUGACUUUGUUUAUGAUCUCUUGAAACCUUUUGAUAAACUUACAGAGACUCUGUAAAUAGGUGAAGAUUACAAUAAAGAGUUUUUUAUCAAAGGUGCUGUUGAAGAAAUAGUUAGCUCUAUUGAUGAAAUCCUUUAACUUUUAAAAUAUGGAGAAUAUAACAGACAUUAUACAUCCACCGCUAUGAACCAUGUUUCUUCUAGGUCACAUACUAUUUUUAGACUUUAUGUACGAGCAAUGCCAAAAGAUCUUACUAAUGGUAAUCAAGGAAUAACAGAGUCGAUAUUAAAUUUUGUUGACCUUGCUGGAAGCGAAAAAAUAAGUAUUCAUCACACAAAUAGUAAAAGUUCAAAUAAUCUUAUAGCUGGGAAUAAUUCAAAUGUAAAUAGUUAGCUUAAAGAGCGUUAAAUUGAAAGCAAGACAAUAAAUAAGAGUCUUUUCUUCUUAACUUAAGUUAUAAGUCUAAAAAGCCAAGGCAAAUAGGAAUCUCAUAUCCCAUAUAGGAAUAGCCCUUUAACUAAAAUUUUAAGAAGUUCACUUGGAGGAAAUAGUCGAACAGCUAUUAUUUUGUGUUUAAAUCCUUGUUUAUCUUAAUUAGAAUAAUCCGCAAGUACGCUAAGAUUUGGCCUAAACGCAAAAAAAAUAGAAAAUUAAGUCAAGCAAAAUGUAAUCUAACUAUAAAAUAAUGAUAUUCUUUAAAGCAUGAUUAAGGAAUACGAAACAAGAAUUGUUGAGCUAGAAUCAGAGAAAAAUGUGAGUAAAGUAAAUUCUGAAAACCUUGUCAAAAUGAUUUAAACUCUUAUUGAAUAAAAAAACAAUCUUGAAAAAACAAUAAAGGCAAAAGAAUUAUUUGAUAAAUAACAAAAUGUGUAAAUUUAAGGUAUUCUUGGUAAGAAAAAAAGGAGCAUUCACCAAGAUUUUAUUCACCUUGACAAUGUUGGGUUAAUUAAAAUUGCUUUUGAAGAAAUUAACGAAGGCAUUUAAGACAAGCCGAAUUCAUUUAGAGAUAUUAGCAAAGAAAUUCAUGGAAAUAAAUGUGCUAUGAGAAAACUGAAGAACUUAACUGAAUAAAAAAAAAUGUUAGAAGAAUAAGUGUAAAGUCUUAAAUAUUAAGUAUAACACAAAACAUCCGAAUCCAGCUAUCUAGUAUAAAGACUAGAAAAAAAAUUAGCAAGCAAAAAAAGAAAACUUUAAACAAUGAAGGCAAAUAAAAUAACUCUGGGUAUCGAAAACUCAAGGUUGAAGUAAGAGCUUGCCCUUUACAGAAACUAAAAUAUAGAAGGGUUAAAGAAAUUAAGUGUUUCUAAGUUAGAAAAAUUGGAAAAAAAUGUUGAAAUUCUUUUGAAAAAUGUCAGAAAUUAAAUGAGUGCUUUGGCUAUAAAGCGUGAAUUUGAAGGAGAUCCCUAGAUUUUGCAAAGAAUUAAUAAGACCCUUUAGUUAAAAGAAUUGAUGGAUUGUGAAUUGCUAGAGUUAGCUAAUGAUUUUUUUGAACCUAAUCUUUAGCUAAAUACCUCAAUUUGUGAUGAAGAUGAUUCUUUUAUAAAUUUAAAUGACAACAAUAAUUUUUAAUAUCACAAUAUUCAUUCAUCUGCCUUAGUUUAAGACAACAAUGAUUUUAUAGACUAAUAAAAGUUUAUGAAAACAUAAGGAUUUGAAGCUAAAAAUAAGUAUAUUUCUGAAUCUCCAUUUGUCUAUGGCAUAUCCCCUCGAGAUACAGUAAGCUGCUAAAGUUAUAAAGCAGAUGAACAAUACCAAUUCACAAACUCAACUCAAAAUUAAUUUAAUAUAUAGAAUUAAGCAUCUCAAACAAGUCUAAAUAAUUUUUAAGCAACAUAAAAAUGUGUAAGUAAUAAACUAAGCUCCUUUAAUAUGCAAGGAGUAUCUCAAGAUAGUUAAAUUUAAAAUAUAUUAGCAAAUCAAAAUUUUGGUUCUUUCUAAAAUUAUUUUAACUAAGUAGUAAACUGUUAAAAACAGAGGUAACAAGUAUCAAAUUAUUAACUGGCAAAAGAUAUUGCUAUAGAUUCUAACUACCUUUGA